AUGGCUUAUGAAGCGCGUACUUUUCUUAACUAUGAAAAUUCAAUAAAACUACCAUCAUCUGAAGAUCUUACUAUUGAUUAUAGUGAUGUUAAAUUAAAUUUAAAAUUACUUAAUAAAUAUUUUGAAGUAAAUACACUUGAUGAAAUACUUGUACGUCGUCGAAAUGAAUUUAAAACACGUACAGAACAUUUACAAAAACGUAAAGAAGCGUUAAAUGAAAGAGAAAUUAUGUUUAAAGAAAGAAUAAUUAGUUAUGAAAUGUAUAUUAAAGAAUUAUCAAUGAAACGUGAUCGAUCAUUACGUCGAAUUGAUGAUGAAAAAAAUUUAAUUCAAAAUAAACAAAUUGAAAUUGAUUUAUUUAAUCAAGAAAUUCAACAAAUACAAAAUGAAAAUAAAAAAUUAGAAAAUAUUAUUCUUCAAUAUCAACCUCAUUUAAAUCUUCUGACACAAGUUAAUUUACCAAGGAUCCUGUCGGAUAAGAUGAUCAUUUUUCAUUUGUAUUCUCUAGUAGAACAACAAUCCAUACUUUAGCCAAGAGAUAUUACAGCAAUUGUAGUUUACAUGACCAAACACUAGGAGUGAGCAUAUCUCCAAACGAACCUAUAUCAAAUUUUAUUGAAAAUUACUUCAAUAGAAUUGUGUAUAUCUAAUAAAACUCACAAUAGCUAUUUUUUGUAUGUAAAGUCUUCGCAUUUUUCCUAGCUUCUAAGAGCAAAGAUGAUCGACUGUUGAACUUUUUCAGAAAUUGUUGAGCUUCAUGAUCAAAUCGGUCAAUAUGUCGAUUCCUAAGGAUAGAAAAGUAUAUGAACUUUUCGAUAAAUACUUUUUGAGUGAAGAAACUUUUAUCUAUUAGUAAUAAAUUUGUCACAUCCUAUCAUUUGACAUGUGUGGAUCUUUCGAAAAUGACAAAAAGAGAUUUUUGCUUUCAGAACCUUAAAGAAGGGUACGAAGAUAUACAAAAGUUUUAAUUCUCAAAGAAGAUCGAACAAACAUUGAACUUCAUACACUAAUCAUACCCCGCUAUUUAGAAUCUAAAUUUAUAAGGAAAAAAAUAAAAAACAAUCUUUCUAAUAGUCCAUUCCAGUACUCCUUUCAGAGACCUGAAAGCGAAAAAUCUUAUCGCCAUUUUCAAAAGAUCUAUAUAUGUGAAAUGAUAGAACAUGAUGAACUUAUUAUAAAUAAAUAGAAACUUUCCCACUCAAAAAUUAUUGAUCGCAAAGCUCAUAUACUUUUCUGUUCUUAGGAAUCGACUUUUGAAGACAAGGUAACUCCUAGUAUUAGAUCGCAUCAAAUACAAAUUGCUAUUAAUAUCAUUUAACUGAUUUAUUGCCUCUGACGAGGGAACCAUCCGAGGUGUCAAAAAGCUUUUCAGUCAGGGAUAUGAUGGUUAGAUAGGGCAUAGCUAGGAGUGAUAUACCCUAAGUUAGUUCGGACCCAAGUUGCUUCUAGCAGGAGUUAUAAAAUGUGAAAUUUAGGUAUAAAAAUGAAUCAGGGAAGGUCUACUCCACUAUUGUAAGGACA